UGACGCGAGCGACCCGGCGGGUGCGGGGCCGCCGCCACGUGGCGAGCGGGGACGGGCGACUUCACAAACACUGUCGGCAUCGGGUGGGGCUCCCCUCCGGUGCCCAGCUCGCGUACUGGCGUCGGCGGAGUCUGGGCCUCCCGGGAAGAUUGAGCGGAGGGCGGAGCGGGGCUGGAACCCCGGGACUCCCCUUGGCUUCCGAAAGUGCCCGGGAGCGCGGGGACGGCGCUGCGGAACUUGGCGCGCCCGCGCGAGAGCGCUUCCCGCGUCCAGCCCCCUCUGAACCCCCUUGAUGACCUGUGAACGCGGCGGAGCUGGGGCAGCAGCCGCUACCCUCCCGACCGGGGCCAGGUCCAUGAAACCCCCAGGAGGAGAAUCGAGCAAUAUUUUUGGAAGUCCAGAAGAAGCUGUUCCUUCAAACCGACCUAAUAGGAUGGCAUCUAAUAUUUUUGGGCCAAAUGAAGAACCUCAGAAUAUACCCAAGAGGACAAACCCCCCAGGGGGGAAAGGAAGUGGUAUCUUUGACGAAUCAACUCCUGUGCAAACCCGACAACGUAUGAACCCACCUGGUGGGAAGACCAGUGAUAUUUUUGGGUCCCCGGUCACUGCCACUUCACCCUUGGCACACCCAAACAAACCCAAGGAUCACAUUUUGCUGUGUGAAGGAGAAUCACCGAAAUCUAACGUUAAAGCUGCAACAAGUGCCUCACCCCAGGAAGAACCCAGUGAGAAGGGCAGCUCCAGAGAAAAAGACCAUGCCAAGGCACCUGAGCCUACACCCACAGUCGAUAGCCAUGAGCCCAGGCUGGGCCCGCGGCCUCGCUCCCACAAUAAGGUCCUGAAUCCACCAGGAGGCAAAUCCAGCAUCUCCUUUUACUGAGAGGCUCCUGCUUUGCCUAUAGCCAGACCAGACACUCAAGAGAUAGGGUAUUGAAUGUUAGCGUUUCCUUUAACCCAAUGGAGCGGGGGUGGGAGAGGGUUUAUUGCAUGUGAGGCUGGCUGCUCAGAGGCUCUGUUGCCAUCAGGAGAGCUGCACAGAGGACUAUGCCUUCCAGAAUGCUGAAAACAACAUUUGGGGAUAAAAUGGGACUGCCCUGGUGUUCAUGCAUCAGUUGUCCAAGUGGAACAAAACUCUGAAGUGGGAGAGGAUGGGAGAAAAGUGUAGGGUAGGAGCAGGAGGCUUGAUGGGAUCUUCCCCAUCCUGGGAUCAGCAGUCUGCCAGCUGACUGAGCAUACAGGAAUGAAUGAAAGAGCCCAAACAGCCCAUCCAUCUCUGAGGAAUGGAGGAGCAUGGCAUAAACAGACACACUAAAAAGGGAGUAGAGUCUACAAUAUGGCCUCCACUACUGAAAUUACCUCUGAACCCCACACCUCCUUCCCAUUUUAUCCCUAGUGUGCUGUCCAAUAGUUUUCUUGAAACAUCUUCCUUUUUCUCAGCAGCAGUGAACAAAAACCAAACAGCUGUCCUCAGUCUUGUGCUUUAUGAAAGGCUUCGUGCCUAAUCCUCUGAUUGCCCAGUUCCUGCAUCUGAAACCAUAGUCAGGUCUCAUGUAGGAAUCUUGUUUUUUUUUUUUUCUACAGGGGCUGGCUUUGGUUCUUGACAUGCCAGUUUUUCUUAUGGAUUGUUCCUUUUGUUUAUCUCAUCAGCCGUAAGUCUAGGCCUUUGUUCUUCACUGACGAUGUGGAGUUCCUCUCCUGAUCUAUAGUUCUCCCUAUACAUGAGGCCCUCUGGUCUCUGCAGUACUUAAAUUUAUUCAGGUGUAUCUGAGUACUGGGCUUAUUUAGAGUCUUCCUGUUCCUGUAGUUGGUUGGUGGGGAAAAAGACAUGCUUGAGAACCUUGGAUUCUUAGGUUCGCUUCUUUAAUAAUAUCUAAAAAGCUGUUUUUAAUACCAGCUUCUCAAAUGCCUAUGGACUCCAUUUCUGAUACCUUCCAGGAAAAAAAAAAAGUCCUUUUCUCAGGCGCACCAAAGAGGAAGAACUGAUUAGACCACCUUUAAAAACUCCUCUGGACCACAUUCACAAGCAGUGUACCUUAGGCCAGGAUGUUAAGUAGUUUGGCAGCAGAGUCACACCUGUCAUUUGCUAGCAGAGGUACUGGGCUGGCAUAAGUUGUAUUGCAUCAUCUGUUGGGCAGAGGUCCCUCUGGUCAGCCCUGCUUCUCUCCUAGUGGGCAUCUGUUAACAGGAAAGGGUCUGGGUAGUGCUGCUAUUGCCUUGGGUGCCUACAAAGCUCAGGUGCUAAAUGUCUUCAACAUUGUUAAACUUUGGAAAAGCAACAGUGUGUGCAGUCACGCUCACCUUGGCCUAGCUGCUCAAGUGCCUGCAGGAGCCAUCUGCCAAGCUCCACUUCCUGCACCUGGCCCAUUGAGGGGUCUGCACAUGGGUUUUCCAACCAAAGAGUUUUUCCUCGUUCAGUUGCUCUGCAGUCUCUGGAGCCAGGAAACAUAUUCCAUGUGACUAAGACUGCAAAUGGGUUGUAGUUCAAAGCAUUUAUGGAAAUGUCAUUUGGAGUUGGGGACAUUUUAUUUCCUGUUUAAGAAAAAUGUCAUAAAUGAUGCUUAUGCUUUAUGUAAGGUUUUGUACUUAAUUAAUUCCAAAUAUACUAACUUGUUUAACUUAUAAGAAAAUAGUUUAAUGAUAGAAAGGAACCACCUUUUCCGUUUCUUAAUGAGAAAAUGAUUUGUGAAUUCCAAAUUGGAUUGCCAAUAUGAAAUCUGACAUUACUGUUAGUCCAGUGAAAGGAAAGCUCCCAGUUCUACCCACUGUCAGGGAUUUCUACUGGAGAACCUACAGCAGUGGCCCCGGAGCAGCAGAGUGCACUGCCUUACUCACCCCAUCUCCCCCUUCUCUUCCUGAGGCUGUGAGCUGAGCUUAGGCCUGGGCAGUGUGUGCCCUACAAGGAGCAAAGGAGACACUUUCCACUGUGUGACCAUCACUUGCAUUAGGAAGAUGCUGUCUGUAUCAGGGACUUGCCGUAUGUGACGCAUCCUGUUCUCACCCUCCAAGCUGCAUUGAGAAAUUACUAGUCUAUAUUUUCAUUAAGCCUUAAAACUUUUUUUAAGUGCAUUUGGUGCCAACAUUUUUCUAGAACUGUUAUCAGCAAGAAACCUGUCCUUACAUCACAAUGUAAUUUUGAUAGGAACAUUUUGUUAUUUUUAUGAGGCAGAAUUGGGUAUAACAAUUGAAUUAAACUUAGUAA